AUGUGGUGCUCACCAGAAACCGUCGUAUUAUGGAAUUACGUCGUGAUCUGUAUUCACCAAACAGAAGAUGAUUCUGUCGAUGCGAAGAACUCAGCAAAUCGCCCUGUCCUGCGCAGCAUGCCAGGCUUCGUUUCUCGCGCUUUGACCUCCGCCGCCACCGAGGAGGGCGUCUCCGCGGGGAUCUGCCUAGAGGAACUCAACGCCGACGUCUCUGAAGCGCUUGCGACAGCUGAGGCCGAUCCCGCUAUUGUGGAGGGUGUUGGAGAAUCCGCUGCUGUCGAGACUGCCCGUGGCAGAAGCUGCUACUGCCGAGGGGCGGCUGCUACUAAGUCCGCUGAGGCUACUGCCGUCGAAUCCAGUGCUAUCAGUGCUGCCGAAACGGCGACAGGCGAUCUUGGGGUUAUAUGA